AUGGAGUCUGGGAAGCUCUUGAAUCCCCCGUCAGACACAAUCAGCACUCCAAAAAACCACCAAAGAAGCCAUCAAUGCUCAGAGUGUGGGAAAGCCUUUGCUUGCUGCUCCCUCCUUUUGACCCACAGGAAGGUCCAUGUGGGAAGUGGAUCCAGUCAAGGUUUGGAGGGUGAGAAAUCCUUCUCUGGGAAAAAACCCAAAGAUCUUAGAAGCCCCCCCAGACUAAAACCCUAUAAAUGUGAUGAAUGUGACUUAUUCUUUCAUCGAAAGUCACACCUUCUUACACAUCAGAAAAUCCACACUGGAGAGAAACCUUAUCAGUGUCUGGAAUGUGGGAAUUUUUUCCGUGAAAAAACCACCCUCAGAGACCACGAGAGGCUUCACACAGGGGAGAAACCUUACACGUGUUGGGAAUGUGGGAAGAGGUUUUCUUGGAAGGCAGGUCUUUGGGCCCAUGAGAAGAUUCAUGCAGGAAUAAAAUCUUACAAAUGCUUUGAGUGUGGGAAAUGUUUCACCCAGAGUUCAUCCCUUCGGAAUCAUUGGAAAAUACACAGAGGGGAGAAAAACGAAAAGUGCCUCGAAUGCGGGAAGUGUUUUAUCUUGAAAUCGGGCCUGGUGCAACAUCAGAGAAGUCACAAAAGAGAGAAACCCUAUGAAUGCCCAGAAUGCGAGAGACGAUUUGUUAAUUCUUAUGGGCUUCGGAGACACCAGAAGAGGCACAAUGGGGAGCUACCCUAUCAGUGUGGGGAGUGUGGGAAAAGUUUUGUUGCACAAAGUGAAGUUCAGAUUCAUGAACGAAUCCACACAGGGGAGAAGCCGUACAAAUGUGGGGAGUGUGGAAAGUGCUUUACCCUAAAACACCACCUUGGAAGCCAUCAGAGGGUCCACACUGGAGAGAAGCCGUACAAAUGCAUAGAAUGUGGGAAAUCUUUUGCUCGAAAAGGAUACCUUUGGAUACAUCAUAAAACGCAUAGUGGGGAAAAGUCAUAUCAAUGCAACGAAUGUGGAAAAUUUUAUAGUACCACAUCAUCCCUUAGAGAGCAUAUAAAACGUCACACAGGAGAAAAAAAUUACAAAUGUUUAGACUGUGGGAGAGCAUUUGCUUGGCCAACUCUCCUCAGAAACCACAGCCGAAUCCAUACAGGAGAGAAGCCCCAUAAAUGUUCGGAGUGCGAUAAAUGUUUUUCUCAAAAAAGUACUCUUUUGAAGCAUCAGCAAAUCCACACUGGAGAAAAA